UUCACCGGCCCGCAGACUCACACACUCCCCACAUCAGCCCCUAGGAGAGGGAGAGCAGAGGAGAGGAGGCAGGAAGAGAAGGCAGGACCCAAAGAGCCGAAGGCUGCAGCUAGUGUGCACACUGGCUGAGAGACAUACAACAAGAAAGCCAGUGUGUGUGUUGUGGUUUUUUUUUUUGUUUGUUUUUUUUAGUUUUCUUCUAGAGCUGUUGAUGAGGCAGGCUGGGUCAGCUCCAUCUCAUCUAAGCCUGGGGUCCAGAGGUGGGCGGGGGGGUCGAAGUGUGUACCACUUCUCGAGCCCGUGUGACUUUAUUUUGCAACUGUUGAACACUGGAACUGUACUGUAAGCAUUAUGACUCUUCUGGGCUCUGAGCACUCCAUACUGAUACGAAGCAAGUUUAGAUCAGUCCUACAGUUAAGACUUCAGCAGAGGAGGACACGAGAGCAGCUGGCAGACCAAGGCAUCAUGCCUCACCCGGCCUCAGACGGCUCCUCUCUGGAGGCCCAGCUGAGGCUAAAGCGAGCCCGGCUCGCCGAGGAUCUGAAUGAGAAGCUGGCUCUCAGGCCGGGGCCUCUGGAGCUGGUCCAAAAGAAAAUCAUUCCCCUAGACUCUGCCGACACAAUGACAGUAAACCAUGGUAAGUUCCCUAAGCAGGAUGACUCCUAUGCAUUUGAGGAGGACAGCAGCAGUGAGAGUCUGUCUCCAGAGCAGCACCACAGUGAUGAGUCUCAGGGCUCAGCCUGCCCUUCCUCUGAGGCUGUGGGCAGCACGCCCUCCUCCUCGUCCUCACCCGCCCUCACCAGCCCGCGUCAGGGGGGUGCAGCCAGAGACCCGCCUGAUCAGAGCCAGGAUGAAGGCCUGUCUGGUGCCAACAACAGCCAGGCUACUCCCCCCAUACCUGUUCCUGCUAUUGUCAAGUCCAAGACGUCAGACAAGAACCGACACAAGAAACCCAAAGAUGUGAAGCCCAAAGUGAAGAAGCUCAAGUACCACCAGUACAUUCCUCCGGACCAGAAGGCAGAGAAGUCCCCUCCGCCCAUGGACUCAGCCUACGCCCGACUCCUGCAGCAGCAGCAGCUCUUCCUGCAGCUGCAGAUCCUCAGCCAGCAGAAACACUCUCACACACAUCCACAGACGCAGCAGUCGCAGCCGCACGCACACACCCCGCAGACACAGGCCCAGGCUCAGCAGAGACAGCCUGCUUUCAGCUACCAGCCUCACCCACCGGCCCAGACCCAGAAAGGAUCCAGUGAGCAGAUACCAGCUUGUAGCUCCAGUGGUCCGUCCAGCACAGCCAACAGUAACUCCUCCUCUCCAGUCAAAAACACAUAUCCCAACCCAAGUAACAUCUCACCGGUCAAACCUGGGCCCCUGCCAGCCAAUCUAGAUGACCUGAAAGUAUCAGAGCUCAGGCAGCACCUGCGUAUUCGUGGCUUGCCUGUCUCAGGUACCAAGACCGCCCUCAUCGAGCGACUCCGGCCCUUUAAGGACUCCAACGCCAGCUCCUCGCCCUCGGGCUCCUCCGACAUCACCACAGUGACCUUCCCUGUCACGCCCACAGGGUCCCUGUCCUCCUACCAGUCCCCGUCCUCCUCCAGCGUCCUGUCUCAGGGAGGCUACUAUCCUUACCCCAGCACCUCCUCCACCCCUCCCAUCUCUCCGGCCUCCUCGGAGCUGUCCCUCAGCGGCUCGCUCCCCGACAGCUUCAGCGAUGUGCCCAUGUCCUCGCCGACGCAGUUUGCCCUGCAGCCGUCCCCAGCCCAGCUCAGCAUGGAGGACGGCCUGGGAGGAGGCAACCAGGGAGGUGGGGGACAGAGGGCAGGGGAGGGUGGAGGUAUGGAUGGCCUGGAAGCUGAAAAAGAUAAAAUGCUGGUGGAGAAGCAGAAGGUGAUUGAGGAGCUGACGUGGAAGCUGCACCAGGAGCAGAGACAGGUUGAAGAGCUGAAGAUGCAGCUCCACAAGAGGAAACGCUGCUAUGGAGCAACACAGGACCCUCCUCCAUCUCACCCCUCCAUGCACCACCAGCAGACUCCAGCCAUGAUGGGCCAGCACUUCUUUGGGGUGACUAUCAAGCAGGAGCCAAUGUCCCUGUCCUCCAGCUGUCCCCUGUCCUCUCCCAAACAGCUCAAGAGCCCUCCUGGCAGCUGCAUGGAGGAAAUGGGACACUGCAACACCUCCGUCUCCAACCUGGGGGGCCCCAGUGGGCCACAAUGUAUGGACACAACCCCUUCCUCCGGCAGCCCCUCCACCAUGUCUGCUUUCCUCAGUCCACAGUGCUCCCCACAAGACUCUCCCAACGGAAAGCCUUCCAGUAGUCCCCAGCCUUCGUCUCCCAAUAACCCCUACCUGCUGUCACCUCCGCUGGGAAGGGACGGCUGCGGCCACCCCCACACCCCGGGCAACAACCGAGCACGCAACAUGCCGAUCCAGCAGAAGAGCGGUGCCCAGCCCGUGAACUGUUCCUAUACCUCUGACCAAAGAGGCCUUCAGGGAGUCUUUCCCAACUCAGCCGACUGUGGCCUCAGCCACGGCGGCUCAGCCAAAGCUGACAGCCAGAAUAUGCAACCAAAGAUUUCAGUAUUGCCCUCUCCUCGGCAUGUUGGCCAAAAGAGCCAGGUCUCUCCCCCUGCCUUCAGUAGCUCAGAUUCAGAUGCAUCUGACUUAAGACAGCCCCCAUGCUAUGAGGAUGCAGUGAAGCAGCAACUGACCAGAAGUCAGCAGAUGGAUGAACUUUUGGAUGUGCUCAUAGAGAGUGGAGAGAUGCCAGCUAACGCCAGAGAAGACAGGGAGAGGUCCUCUGUAACCAAAGUUGUGCCUCACAUUACUGUGUCCCCAGGGUGUCCCGGCCUCCUCAUCCCGAGGUUCCACCGCCAUUACGAGCACCUGUACCCCUCCCAGCCCCCUUACGACCACUCGGCCAACCACAUCACAGAGAGCCACCUGGAAACUCUGCUGGGAAGUCCAGUUGGACGGGGAGGGGAGGCGGCCCUUCUCAAAAUGGCUACCGAGGACAGGGGCCUGGAAGACGAGGGGACCAGAGAGGGCGAAGGGUACGGCAGCCCCCACAACCACCACCGCCACCCUCACCAUCCCCCACAGGACAAACUGCUGGCCAACAGAGAUCAGAUGGACACCCCUCUGUCGCCCAUCAGCACCAAGGCGUCCACCUUCCCCGAGGUGCAGGGGAUGGUCAGCAUGACUUUCAGCGAGACGCCGUGGGAGACGAUGGAGUGGCUGGACCUGAUGCCGCCCAGCUCAGCCACGGCCUUCAGUGUGGCUCCACCCAGCGGCCCCAGCAUCUUCAACACAGAGUUCCUGGAUGUCACAGACAUUAACUUGAACUCUGCCAUGGACCUCCACCUGGAGCACUGGUGAAUGCUGCAUCGCCACCCAAGUGCUGGCUAGCAACAAGCUAGCCGUCCGCCGUCUCUCACACACAAGACACCGGCUUGAAAGUAGCUGUACGGACCGCUGAUACCAGCUCCGACCAUAUCAAAGAACAACUGAAUUCUUCCCUUUACAGCUUCAGUCCAAAUGCCAGAAUUAGCUUCUUGUUAUCAUCCAGUGGGUUGUUGCAGAGUAGACCGUUAGCCUGCGUUCACAGAUCGACGGCUGAGUCAGAGGCUGAACUGCAGAUUUAGAUUUUGACUUAUUUCCUCCACUUCAUUGAAAUGAGGCUCUCAUGUUGUCGUCAAACCCAGAAUCCAAAGACCAGGUGCUUUUUGACAUGCUCGUCGUCCUUUUUGGGACGACGACACGCACAACUGCCAAAUAAGUAUGACAGCGGACGGAUGAAGGACGGAGGGACAUGACUACAGAGCUUUAUACCAACACUUUAUGCAAUAUCAGUGUUACACCACCUAGACUUGAAGACACAUUUUGACAAUCAUUGUAUACUUUCUGAGUCUGUGUUUGUAUUACUGGAAAAAAAAAAGAAAUGAAAGGAAUUAAAAAGUGAAUUGGAUUUCUUAGCACGGCCAUUUUGUAAAUAUCAUAACUAUCUGUACUGACAGAGACAAGUUGACGUCUGCAUAUUUUGUCAGUGGGUGUGGGAAAGGACACAAACCACAAAUCAAAUGUAUUGUGUAAUCAAGUCCUCAUUUGAUGUAAAUAUGACCAAAAAAAAAAAAAAAAAAAACCCUCACUGUGCACCUCUAGCUUAAAACACAUUUGUCACAGUUUGCUUGAACGUAGAAUAUGUGUGUAGAAGUGGUUGUCAUUCCUUUGAAGGUCCUUUUUUUUUUUUUUUUUUAUACAAGUUUCUUUUCACUCUUUGGCUUUUUCAUCCACAGAGAAAUGAAUGUCUUUGAAAACCAUUGGUCUUAUCGUUUUAAUUGGCAGACAGAACUGUGCCUUACCUGCAACAUCUUUUUUUGUAUACAAUUUUUAUACAGAUCUCCCCUUUACAAUUUUAUAUGAACUUACUGUUCCCUGAAACCUAUUGACAGAUGUUAAUGGAGAAAGCUCCAACAUCUGCAGCUGCAAAAUCAGACGAAUGUUUAUGAAAAAUACAACUUCAUCUCUAUUUUUACGUACUUUUAUUUUUGUCCUUACAAAUUUUACCCUUUUUCUGUCUCCGGGCCAAUCACAGUUAUUUAUUUUGUGUUUUUUAUAUUUAUACUUUAUCCUGUAUUUAUACUGGCAUUCCUCUCUAAACAGAUUGGGACUCCUUUUGAUUUACCAGAAAACUCCAGUGCUGCCAUUUUGACCUCGGACAUUUCUUUUGUAAAUCAGUCCUCUUAAAAAUGUGACGCAGAGUGAAGGAACCACUUUGAAAAGCCAUGCUCUCUUAAAACACGUCUCCUUAAAGAAUCAUGUGAAGUGGAAAAAUGCCCGCUAUUAGCACUUGUGAAUAGGAAAAUGUAAUAUAUUCAGACCUUUACUGUGAAUACUGAAUAUGACACAGCACCAACAUGUAAACUGAAGCCAGCGUAGACACACAGUAGUUAAUCCUAAUGUGAGAAGUUUUAGUUUGGGUCAGUAAUUUUAGUUUAUUUUUCACAUGUGUAUAAACUUGAAGGAAUGGUUUAACAUUCUGGGGAAUAUAUUUAUCACGUUUCCUCCUGAGAGUCAGAUGAGAUCAUUGAUGUGUGUUAUCUUUACCUCGCAGAGACAGGAAACAGAAUCAAACUCUGCAUCCAGCACCUCUAACUUACUCAGUCCUUCUCCUCCCCCGUCAGACACCAGGCCGCAAUGAGGUCCCACCGUCGUUCACUGUCCUUGGCAACGUGCUGAGCCUUUCCCCAAAAUAAGGUUAGUCUUAGUCAGCGUCUCUGUCACAAACAUCUCUAAAGCUUAGGUUAAUUAUCCAGCACACAAUCCUCAUAGAAACACAAAUUAUUAUUUUUGCACUUGGGUUUUUGUAGCAGAGGUGCUGGUCGCUGGAUUUUGUUACAGACAGAGCCCAGCUACCUUUAUGCUAAGCUAAGAUGGGUGUCUCCUGUUCAGCUCCAUACUAACUGAACAGAUACGAGACUGGCUUCCGUGUUCUCAUCUAACUCUCAGCAAGAAAAGUAAAUGAGUGUUUUAUUUCCCAGAAUGCCACUCUGUUUCUGUUGGAGCAUUGGCCUAUAGCAUGCAGCUGCGUUUACAGCUCCGUCCUCUGUAAACGUGAGUCUCACUUUUGAAUUCUGUUUCGACCAAAUAUUGCUUUUUUUUUUUUUUAUUUACUUAUGAAGUGUUGCACUUAUUAAAUGGGUUCUGUGGUGAAAUGCAGGCUGUUAAUGCCCCCAUCUUGAAUAUAAGACAAAGUUUAUAAUUCUUUACUUUCUGUCCUCUGUUGGCCUUUUUUUUUUUUUUUUCAAAGAAACUCUUAUCUGGGUUCAUUUCACAAUAAUUUUCCCUAAUCGAGAAAAUAUCACAUCUGACAGAAGCUUCCAUGUUGCUUGGCCACUGACUUGCUUUACUAUUGUAAACAACAAUAUUUGCCUGCCUCCCUGUAUACUACAGAAAGAAAAGCAAUAAACUUAUCACAGCA